GUCGAUUGCACCAACCUAACGUAGGCUUUGUAAUGGAUUACAGAGACUACUGAGCGGCGUGGAGGGGCUAACAUGGAGAAAAAUAUCGGGUCUCUACAGGAACAAGCCCUGAAGCGAAAAGAGAGACUGAAAGCGUUGAGGGAUAAAAAACUUCACGGGCGAGAGCAUGAAGAUGGCGAGCCAGAGCAUAAAAAAGCUUAUUCGCAAGAGGAGACACCGGAGAAGAGACACGCAGAUCUGAAGCUGAGAAAUUACACUCCUGAGGAUGACGAGCUAAAGGAGAGGCAGGUCCCCAAAGCCAAACCUGCAUCAGUUGAGGAUAAAGUCAAAGACCAGUUAAAGGCAGCCAAUCCAGAACCCAUCAUUGAAGAAGUGGAUUUAGCAAACCUGGCCCCAAGGAAACCAGACUGGGAUCUCAAGCGGGACGUGGCAAAGAAACUGGAGAAGCUGUCAAGGAGAACACAAAGGGCCAUUGCUGAACUCAUCCGCGAUCGUUUGCGAGGCAGCGAGGAGGAGCUGGCUGGAGUGGUGGGAGCGGUACAAACGGAACAGGAAGACUCUGACUGAUUUCAGAGAAGAAAAGACACUCUGGAAAUGUGGAUAUCACAAGGUGGGCGUCCAAUUCUGGGAACAUUUUGCCAUGGGUGUGUGAUGGAAACGUUUUCCAGUCUUGCCUUGUGUUUUGUGUAUUAUGCCAGUCGAAUGGUGCAAUCUGUAUAUGUGGUUGAAUUGUAAACAACCAGGGUAACCUUUCAUUUUUGCUGUUGUAUGUUCAUGUUUUUAAAUCAAAGUAAAUUACACCAUUUGUUUGUCAAA